AUGCCUUUCAAGUUCCGUCACCUCUGUGAUCUAUUACAAUCCUUGGAUGACAAUAGAAUCAAGAAGGUCACAUAUCCACGGUCCAAGAACUCUGACAUACCAAUCAUUGUGUCGUGGUUCAAUAAGCACGACAGACAAAUUCCAAGAUGUGGCAAAGAAGCAGUGGCGUUCCUUUCAUGCUUAUUCCCGGAGCGACGGGCCGAUCGAGUCUACAACGUCCAAGAAAAACGACUCGAGAAGAUUAUCGGACGCAGUCUGGGGCUCGGCAGGACACGAGUGAUACAUCUGAGUUGGUGGAGGACUGCCAAUGGCGCCGAUUUUGCUCAGACAGUACAGAAAGUCAUGAGCGAAGCGGAGUUCGAUCGACCCAGGCCUCAGCAUGAAGUCACUUUGGAAGAAAUUGAUAAUCUGUUUGAUAGAAUAGCGGCAAUGUAUGGUGGUUCGGCACCAGGACUGCAGGAGCGUAUCCUCGAUCCCACCUCAGCAGAUGAAGCUCUGCAGCCUUUAUUCCCUCGUUUGCAAAGUUAUGAGGCGAAGUGGCUCGUCCGAAUGUUUCUCAAGCGGUACACACCCGUUGAAUUGCCGGAGAGACUGGUGAUGCGUCAAUUCCACCGCUUGUUGCCCGAUGUACUGCGCCUCCAGAACUGCUUGACAGCUGCCAUCAAUUGCUUAAACGAUCCGGCCGUAUCACAUAUUUCCCCAAGGUCGUCGCUAAGCGAGGAACAAGAGCAUGCGGUCAAAGUCGAAGUUGCGCGCCAUCUUAAACCACAAGUUGGUAUCAUGGUCCAACAGCAAUCUUACGACAAGGCCAGGAGUAUCCAACAUUGCUGUGACAUGGCUACUCGAAGAAGGUUAAGUUUGGAGCGCAAAUACGAUGGCGAAUAUUGUCAAAUCCACAUCGAUGUUUCAAAAGGCAAGAAGGUUAUCAAGAUCUUCUCAAAAAGUGGGAAAGACUCGACUGACGAUCGUGUUCGGCUGCAUGGUGCGAUAGAAAAUGCUCUGAAGCUCGGCAAAAGAGAUUGUCCAGUCAAAAAGCAAUGCAUCCUGGAAGGUGAGCUAUUGAUCUGGCAUGAAGGAACCAAGCGGAUCCAACCGUUUGAGAAGAUCCGAAAGCAUGUCACUAGGAACGGCCGCUUUCUUGGGAAUGAUCAGGACUCUCCCAGAGACCUUCAGGAGAGAGUCAUGAUCAUGUUCUAUGAUCUCCUCUUGUAUGAUGACAUAGUCUGCCUUAACGAGUCGCUCGAACAACGGCGAAGCCGGCUUCGUACCCUCGUGCGGCGGGUGCCAGGCCAAGCGGAGCUUGGAUACCGGGAGAAGAUCAACUUUGCCUCUUCUGACGCCAAGUCGUUGCUUCGUCUUGCCUUUGCAAGAUGCAUCAGCAAGGGCUGGGAAGGCUUUGUAUUGAAAGGAUGCGAUGACCCAUACUUCUCCCUGACAGGGUCACCUCGAUGCAUUAAGCUCAAGAAGGACUAUAUUACUGGCCUAGGUGAUAUGGCGGACUUAGCUGUCGUUGGUGGGCGGAGAAUCGCGAGGGACGAGCAGGCUCUGAAUAUUGGAAAGUUGAGCUGGACAGUCUUCUAUCUUGCCUGUCUCGAGAAUCGAGAGGAAAUGCGUCGAUUCUCAGCAAGGCCCAAGUUUCGAAUCGUUGGAGUGGUCAGUGCUGCAAAGAAGACACUUUCGCCAGAUCGCACACGUUUGUUCAAUAGACUUGGCCAGUUCGAGCGCAUUCCAUACGCGUCCGUAAGAGUAGAGAUGGAAGUGAUUAUGGACCAAAAGCUUGAUCCACCAACCGAACUUUUCAAGAAUCCUUUCGUUGUUGAAGUGGUUGGAGGUGGCUUCGAAAAGCCUGCCAACGUCUCAUUCCACUCGUUGCGAUUCCCUCGUGUUACUAAAGUACAUGAAGAUCGAUCGUGCCAUGAUGUUAUGAGCUUCGAUGAGCUGCAAGAGCUAGCCGAGAAGGCCCAAGCCAUGGCCACAAACGAGGACUCCCAAGAGGAUUGUGAAUGGAUCGAUAGGCUCACUCGGGCGGAUCCAAGGUCAAAUUUUGUUACGGAGAACUCAGCAGGCACAACGACUGAAAGAAAUACUAGCAUUGCAACAAUAAACAGCCACACGCCUAACGCUGGUCGCUCAUGUAUCUCUCCGCUGCUUGUACGCAUUGACACGCAGGAAAUGACUGAGGAGGAGCAUCGCGAGAGAGCUCUAACUAGUGGAAGUGAGCACUCCUCUGUUCUCUUGCCUGCAGUAGCAGAUAAUGGCACAAAGCGUAAGCGGGUUACUAUCGAACAAAGCCCAACAGCAAACAUGUCAACCAAGCGAUUGAAGUUAUCACCACAGCACAGUAGCUUCCGAUCUAAGUACAACGAUUGUAUUCAUGAGCCAGAUCUGCCAGCUCGUGGUCUACAGCUGCGCCGGCCAUUUUCGGAAGUCCAAAACCGUUCUGCUGCACCAGGCAUACCGUCCUCAGAUUCACAGCCUUCGCCUGAACUCGGUGCAGGACCCUCGCCCUACAUUGUGAGCAGGCUUCUUCCCCAUCCACCGAAUAAAGUGAGAAGCCACUCCUCCCUUGCAGCAAUAGUUCAAGAUACAAUUACCAAAGGUCCUGCUCCCAGUGCUAUGUUCAGAAAGAUACCAGGAGAUCCACCACUACCAACGCCUCCGAUAUCCUCAGCUGAGAAAGGCCGAACUGGAAAGGCUGAAGCUGUUUCGGUUGCAGAACCAAAAAGGACCUGUACUACGCUACCAGAUGACACAGGAGCAAAUCAGAACCUGAGCAUGACCCUGCCACACGCGAUGCCAAGCAACGAAGAGAGACAACCAUCAUCUAUACCGAUCAUGUUGCAAGGUUUUUCGUCCAUUGUCUACCUCCCUCCCGCAGUUGCCACGAAGCUGCCAAGGGAUCAGCACGAACUGAUCUCUCAACUUGCCAACGCAAAAGCUUCCUUCACAUUUUCCGCCGGCGUUGUUCUAGACAGCAUAGAAAGAUCAGCUGACACUUCAUACGUCGUCAUUGUUGAUGUUGCGAAUGCCGAAGAUACUGGACGUGGACUAGACGCCUUCCAUCAAUCCAUCUCGCGGCUGUUGAAAAAUGGUCAGGGCACGGGCGAGGGUCGCCUCAUAUUUCUCGAUUGGAAAGUCUUGCAGCAUUGGGGAUCGAAGGAGCUAUCUACCACAACACUUGAGUCUUACUUUGGUGGAUGUUUGGCUUGGGAGAGCGGUUUUGAUGCUGCUGGAGAGCGGACUUGGGAGGUCAAUGUCAUUUGGGAUUGGGCGGAGGUGCUGGAUAUAAUUGACGGAAUCUGA